AUGUCGCGAGCGAUGCAGCCGCCCGGCAAGCGCGCGGGCGCUGCUGCCGCGCCCGCCGCGGCGGCAGGGCCGGCCCACGCGCAGGCUCAGGCCGCGGAGGAGGCGCCGCCCGGGAGCCCCGGGGCGCCGUGCGGCGCGUGCAAGUUCCUGCGGCGGCGGUGCGUGCCGGGGUGCGUUUUCGCGCCGCACUUCGGGGGCGGCGGCGUGAGGGAGCACAGGGCCGGCGCCGGCGCCGGCGCGGCGCAGUUCGCGGCCGUGCACAAGGUGUUCGGCGCCAGCAACGUGGCGAAGAUGCUAUCGCGGGUGCCCGUGGCGCUGCGCCGGGACGCGGCCAGCACCGUCUGCUACGAGGCGCAGGCGCGCAUCGCCGACCCCGUCUACGGCUGCGUCGGCACCAUCCUCGCCCUCCAGCACCAGGUAGCUCUCGUCCAAGCCGAGCUUUCCAUCGCGCAAACCGAGCUCCUCAACCGGAGGCUGGCCCUGGCAACGGUGAAUCCUGCCUACUCCGCCGCGUCGCCGACGAGCCAAAUGGUGAACUGCGGCUCCCUUUCGCAGGCCGUGGAUUUCAUAGACGUUGAGCCCGCGGUGAGGGGCUUGCCGCCUCCUCUCCUGCCAUCGCAGCAGCCGCAGCGGGGAGAACAGGACGGCGGCGGGAGUCCAACCAUGGACGUUUUCUCGCAUAACGUCUUGGGGAAAUAG